UUGCAGUGGCCUCAGAUAUCAAGCUAGUUACGAUUCGGCUCUCCUGAGAAACAGUUGUGUUUGCACGCAGACAGUGUUCAGAUUUACAGUCAUGGCUCUUGUUGGAAACUGGGAAUUUUUUUCCGCAGAGAACCUGGAUGAGUACUUUACUACUGCAGCUGUUCCUGAUAAUCUGAAGGAAAUAGCGAAGAACAGCAAGUCGUCCCUGGAGAUCACGAACUCCGGGGACCAGUGGACGCUCAAGACGACCGUAAGUGACAAGGUCAAGGACACGGCCUUCACAGUGGGUCAGGAGUUCGAGGCAAAGUCGCUCACCGGACAGGACCUGAAGUGCAUGGUUACAAUGGACGGGGCAAAGAUGGUGGAGACGCAGAAGGCAGGUGACGUCAUCACGACCGUCACGCGCGAAGUGAAGGGGGACAAACUCGUGUCGACAUUGACGAUCGGCGGGACCACAGCUAUAGUGACCUUUACGCGGGUUUAGAGACAGACCCAUAGGCACAACCAGCAAUUGACCAUUUGGUUUAUUCGAAUUAGUUUUAAAUUAUUAUUUAUUUAUUUAUUAUUUUUUUGUAAUAUGAGAUGUUUCAUGUUAGAUAAAAGAUAAAAUACAACAAUAAUAAUA